AGAAGGCCAUGUUAGCGGUCUUCUGGACGGCGAAGAGAUUAACCCUGUAUUUUCAGGCUCACUGGAUUAUUAUGCUCACUUACGAGCCUUUGGCAUCACUUACCCGGAGCCCGGCGGCAUCCGCCCGGAUGACCAAAUGGGCGGUCUUCAUCAGUCAGUAUAAUGUGGUGUUCAGGUCGCGCCCAUCGAUCAAAGGGCAAGCACUCGCUGACUUCCAAGUUGAGUGUACUGCCAGGGAGAUGACAAGAGCACAGGUUGAUACCCGGGUGGAGGAUGACUGGUGGGUAAUGAGCAUCGAUGGAUCUUCUGGGUCUCGAUCUUGUGGAGCAGGUAUUGUUCUGAUUACUCUGGAAAAUUUCCGGAUAUAUUACGCUGUGAGAUUUCAGUUCCGCGUAUCCAACAAUGAAGCUGAAUACGAAGCCCUGAUCAACAGACUGAAGAUUCUUGGCAAGCUGGGAGUGUCCAGGGUUCAAGUAUUCAGCGACUCCCGACUGGUGGUGGGACAAAUCACUGGGGAGUUUGAAGCAAAGGAAGAGAUGAUGAAAAGGUACCGGGACUUGUCCUUAGAAAUGUUGGGAAGGUUUGAGUUUAAGCUUGAACACAUACCCCGGGCCCAGAAUGCGGAAGCUGAUGUUCUAUCCAAGCUCAACGCAGAAUCACCAGAAUACAUAAGCCGAUUAGCAACUGUCGAAGAGCUGGCAGCUCCGAGUCUCAACAGAGAUGAAGUGUUUUGGAUAGAAGCUGAUCCCCCGGAAUGGUUGGACAGGUUGGCAAAAUACAUUGAAGACAGUGUAGCCCCGGAGGAUUCCCGAGAAGCCCGUUUGCUGCGAAUGCGGGCACCCACCUACAAGGUGCAGGAUGGAGUCCUCUAUAAGCGAUCUUAUAACGGUGUUUUACUCCGUUGCCUCAGGGCGGCGGAAGCAAAGGCACUAAUGGAGGAAAUACACGAGGGAGUAUGUACUGCACAUCAGGGUCCAUACUCUAUCUCCAGAAGGGCGAUUAUUCAGGGAUAUUUCUGGCCAACGAUGAGAAAGGAUUGCGAAGAGUACGUGCACAAGUUCCCAACCUGUCAACAAUUCCAGAAUAUGCCCGGGAGGCCAGCCAUGAACUACACGCCCAUCAGCUCUGUGAUUCCCUUCUCAAGAUGGGGAAUUGAUAUUGUGGGAGCCCUGCCAAAGGGAGUUGGACAGGCAAGGACAACUCCAAGGAGAGCUACGGGUGACACUCCUUUCGGCUUAGCCUAUGGUUUUGAAGCCCGGGCUCCCGCUGAGGCAGUAAUCCCUACCAGGAGAGAGAUAGAAUAUGACCUGGAAGUAAAUAACAGAAUCAAGCCGCAGAACUGAACUUCAUAGAGGAACGAAGGGAUGAAGCACGGAUCCGGGCAGAGAAUUAUCGUCGCCAGGUGAAAUCUUACUUUGAUAGUAGAGUAAAACCAAGAGUGUUCCAGGUGGGGGAUUACGUCCUGAGGAAGCGAGAGAAGAGUAAACCAACUAAGGGUGGGAAGCUGGCUAAGAAAUAUGAAGGACCUUA